AUGCGUCCUGCACUCCCUUCGCUACGGCCGGAUCCCGGGUACAGCUUGAGUCGAUCCCAGCGCAUGUUCCAGACUGCAUCAGCACCACAGCUGCCUGCGAUCACUGCGGCAGCAGAUUACCUCAGACUUCCACGCCUGACACCGGCAGUGCAUCAGCGAGAAGCAAGACAUCUGGGGGGUCAGCUCCGUCCAUUUCAGGGGAUGAUGGCAUCGGACAUCAUCGUUGCGGAGAUGGAGAAUCGCCUCUCCGUUGCAGAAGCACUGCACAAGGCCGCGCAGGCAUCACCGCCCGAGAGGCAAAGAUGGGCGCCCAAGCCGAAGACUCCUCCAGCAGUUGUGUCGGUGCCAACCGCAGCGAGGGCACUGGGUCCCUCUGCGCCAGGCUGGGGUGCAGCGGCGGGCAGCAUCAAGGUUUCUUCGCAUCCAGGAUACUUGCCACCGUGGAUCUCGAACGAGACUUGGGACACGGUGCAGCAGGUGGCAACACGCGCUGCCACGAAGCGCAUCGCUGGUAAACCCUGGAGGCCAAAGGUGCUGCGAAUGUGA